AUGGAUACACAGGAAGCGCUAGAACUUAGGGACCAGACCAACACACUGGACCGCCAGCAGGCUGCACACGAAGACGUAGUUGCUGGACACUCCUUACUUCCAACAGAUCGUGGAGCCAGUGCGUGGUUGGUUCUAUUCGGAGCAUUUUUGCUGGAAGGGCUGGUGUGGGGCUUCGUUUACUCCUAUGGAAUUUUCCAGGAGUUUUACAGCAGGUCGCAAGAAUUCCACAGCCCAGAUACGCGGUUGCCUUUGGUCGGCACGAUAUCGUCUGGAUUGAUGUUUCUCUGCUCACCGGUGCUCCUUCCACUCCUUCGUCAGUGGCCCAACCGCAGAAAGCAGUGUAUUGGUCUGGGUGGGCUACUGACUUGCGCAGCUCUAAUCGGUGCAAGUUUCGCAGGGAAUGUCACCGAUCUCAUAAUUGCGCAAGGCGUACUGUCUGCGUUGGGAGGCAGUAUGGUCUAUUAUCCCACAUUUCUGUUCCUCGAUGAAUGGUUCGUUCGGCGCAAAGCUCUGGCAUACGGGAUUUGCUGGGGAGCAUCUGGCUUUACCGGGCUGGUUUUCCCAUACAUUAUCUCUUGGCUCCUCGAAACCCACGGGUUCCGGACAACUUUACGAGUAUGGUCAGUCGUCGAUCUAGUGUUCAUCGCUGUGGCUCUCAUCAUUCUGAAGCCGCGAUUACCUGCCGCGCUGAACGUUCAUCGCUAUAGACCUCGUCUGAGCUUCGCUUUGAAACCUUUGUUCCUGGCCUUCUGUAUUGCAAAUGUUGUUCAAGGCCUGGGCGUUUAUUUGCCUGGAAUUUAUCUACCUUCUUACGCGCGAUCCUUGGGUUUUAGCGAAGUUGUCGCUACCUCGUCCCUGUCAUUGAUUAAUGUCGGCAUACUUCUCGGUAGUAUUGUAGGUGGCGUCCUUACCGAUCGAUGGUCUCCGAAGGGCGUUAUCAUUGUGUCGGCACUUGCAUCCAUGAAUGGUGCUGCACUACUCUGGGGCUUCUCAGCAUCUGCGGCAUUGAUACUUCUCUUCGGUUUCACCCAUGGCUUCUUUAUGGGGUGUAUGACGGCGAGCUGGCCCGGCGUGAUCAGGGAGAUAGUCGAGAGAGACACCACUCUCACUGCAGAGCCAUCUCUGAUAUUUGCGCUGUUCGUCGCGGGACGUGGGAUUGGAAAUGUUGCUUCAGGACCAUUGUCUCAAUCUUUGUUGCACUUACCAAUACUGAGCAAGGCGCUGAACUAUGGCUACGGAAGCAUGUACGGUUCAAUGAUCCUGUUCUCUGCUGGUACGAUGGCAGCUGGGGUUCUAGGAGCGGUCUUCGAUAAAAUGGGCGUGAUUUAG